AUUGUGAUAUUCGCCAUUCUGAACGGACUGCAAUUUCUUGUAAGCCGAUCCAGGAUCUUUCUGUGUCCGAUCCGUUACUUGCGUCCUCCCGUAUCAUUUUUGCUUUGUCACCAUUUCAGGCCUCGUAAGGGAAUGUCCGGUAAUGAUACACAGAAAAUCGCUGACGCUGUAAGUACAUCCGGGGAAGGAGCAACAGCCAGUGCGGCUGACGACAAUGUCAAAAAGCCGGAAAACCCGUGGGCCUCUCCACGACAGGAGCCUGUUAAUGGCAUUGUUCAACCGCGAGUCAUACCUCCCAUGGGCAAGCCCACGCGGCACACAAAUCAGUUGGAUUACAUAUUGAAUACAGUGCUCAAAGAAGUUAUGAAGCAUAAGCAUGCCUGGCCGUUCAAUGUGCCUGUGGAUACGGUCAAAUUGAACCUUCCGGACUAUCAUAAAGUGAUUCGUCGUCCUAUGGAUAUGAAGACAAUUCAGAAGCGUCUGCAGAAUAUCUACUACUAUUCAGCAAAAGAAUGCAUGGAGGACAUAAUGACAAUGUUCAACAACUGCUACACUUUCAACCCUCCUCACAGUGAGAUCGUUUCGAUGGGUCGCGAACUCGAACAACUCUUCUUGGCCAAGAUUGCUGAUAUGCCUUCUGAUGAGGUUGAGAUCGCACGGCCAUCUUCGAAACGUGGUCCUAAGAAUCUCCGCAAGGGCCCAUCUCCAGCUCCUGCCGGUGGACGAAAGUCGGCGUCCUUCGUUCGAGGUGGGAGCGAGGAUGCCCAGCACGUCUUAGAACAUUUUCAUAAUGCGACGGUUAGAGCGUCGCGAGAAUCUUCAAUACAGCGUGGCGCUGCAGAUAGCUCUUCCGUGCUUGGCGAUUCCGACGUUCCAAAUGUUGUGGAAGAGUCGUCGAGUGGGACCAGCAUGGAUGUCCCGAUAAGUUCUUCAACGCUCCACCCUCUUAAGGUGCAAAAAGGAGUGAAGAGGAAAGCGGACACCACAACAGGUGUUCUUAUUGAAGAAGAUUCUGGCAAGACAGAAGACACUAAUUCUCAGGUUCCUCGUCGUGAGUCAGCUCGUCCUGUUAAGAAACCAGCGCAUUUCAUCGAUUAUACACAGCUACCUCCUAGGUAUAAAGGCAAAGCUUCAGAGUCAAUGAAGUUUUGCCACAAGGUGUUACAUGAGUUAAUGGGCAAGAAGUGCAAAGCUUUUAAUUGGCCGUUUUUGGUUCCUGUUGACGUUGAGGGCAUGAAUUUGUCAGACUACUAUGACAUUAUUACCAAUCCGAUGGAUCUUGGCACGAUCAAAAAGAAAUUGGAUAAUAAACAGUACGCUAACGCACAGGAGUUCGCCGAUGAUAUAAUGCUGGUUUGUUCGAAUUGCUUCACCUACAAUCCUGCCACGGAUGUUAUUCACCAGCACGGAAGAGCUCUUUUACGAGCUUUCGAGGAAAGGUGGUCACAAUUGCCGGUUGAUGAAGACGUAGCCGAUACGAACGUUGUGGCUACUUCAUGUGAUAUGGAUGAGGAUGAUCAGCUUGAUCUAUUUCUCAAUCAUUUGACUGCGCAAAGGAAGAAGCUGCAAGAACGUAUGGACCAAAUAGGACAAUAUGCCAAUGAACUCACCGAGCUCCAAAUGAAGAGGAAGGAGGCCAAACAAGGGGAUGGAACAGUCCCUGCUGUUCCUCCUACUUUGAUGAGUUCAGUGCAGCAGACGUUAGCGCAGUGUGGUGUGACUGUACAACCUUCAACGCCAACCAACAGAACACGUCGUGGUCCUCCAAUCCAUGUCAAAGAAGAUUCACCUUUGUCCAAUGGACCUGCCACCUCAAUCUCACCACUGCCUCGCAAGGAAUCGCUGAAGCGUCCGCAAUCUCAUGCAAUUGCUGAACCAGCCAAAUUGUAUUGUGGGCGGGGUCGCAGACCCGGUUCAAAAAAUAAGCCUAAAGCGGAAAGCUCAGCUAAUGGGAAACCAUGGAAGGAUGAUUACGAGUUCGAUUCAAGUGAUGAAGCAUCUCAUGAGCCAAUGUCUUAUGAUGAGAAGCGACAACUCAGUCUUGAUAUCAACAAGCUCCCUGGUGAUAAACUCAGCAUGGUCGUCAGUAUUAUUGAAAGCAGAGAGGACCUUUCGGAUAUCAGUCCAGAGGAAAUCGAGAUUGAUUUUGAAACUCUGAAAGCUGUUACCCUUCGUGACCUCGAGGCAUUUGUAGCUGCCGCUUUGAAACGGAAACCAAGAAAAACAGUUAAAAGUGAUAAUGAGACGCGCAAACGUGAAAUCGAAGAUAAGAUUAAGAAGCUUGGUGGAACUGUAUCGGCUCAGCAAUCAAACAAGAAUGCAGCAUCCACCGCAGAUGCUUCCCGACAUGUGGUUAGUCGUGCCCGUUCAUCAUCUGAAUCCUCAUCUGGUAGUUCUGGAUCGUCGUCAUCAUCAAGCAGUGACUCGUCCGAUUCAGAAUCAGAAGCUCCCGAACUGGAGGAUCCGAAGCGUAUGCGACUUGUUUUCUCCAACAGGGCCGGAAAAGCGAAGGUGCAGUUGAUUGAUACACCAAAUGCUGAAUCUGCUUCCACUAUUACUGAGGAUGUUUCCCUGCCGAAGAGUCCUCGUCCUCCUGAAUCUCGUCUGACGUCUCGACCACAACGUCAUCGCCGUCCUCGUGUCAUUUCAUUCUCUGACGCUCCCCCCACUGCAGCCAGUGCAACCGCAAGUGGUGAUGUUGCUAGUAAAGAGCCCACAGUGUCGCGUGCUCGCACCGUUCCGACAGUUCCCAAAAACGCGUCACCGAUCAAGUCUGCUUCUGUGAACACUGAUGCAUUCGCUUCUGCUUCAGCGCUAGAAAAUGGAACCGUUUCUUCUAUUGGACCGGCUGCAGCAGUAGGAGUUGCUCCCUCAGUGGUGAUUCCUCACACAGGAACUGCGGCCACUGCAGCGAGCUCCUAUUCAUCUCGUUCGUCAUCUGUUCCUCUUCAUGCUGACAAGUCCGAGCAGUCACAGUCAAGUUCCCCCAAUACCUGCGUUGCACCCGGUCAACCUUCAGAAGCGCGUACUAGUUUACGAGGUCAAAAUGCUCCUUUGUCGCCAGUUCGCAGCCGCCACACGGCUCUAAUAGACCAGGACAGUCUGCUAAAGAACGUAGACACUGAAGCGGAAAGAAACAGAAAUGUCAAAGAAGCGAAGCCUCUCAUGAAGUUAGGAACAGCCGCUGAUGGAGAACUUACUGAUCAGCGCAAAGAAGACUUAGAAAAAUCGGCUUCAUCGAAAAGGAUGGUAACGAGGGGACCGAAACGUACACUGCGUAGCACCCCUGCUAAAAAGGAAAUAGCUGAGAGUUCUGCAUCAGCGUCUGGUAAAGCCCUCAACACGACAGGAUCGGGUUCAGUCGGUGCUACUAUCCUGGACCAGCUUCUUCCCGUGGGUGAGGAAAGGUCGAGAACGCCGAUAACUUCAACAGGUGUUUCCAUUCUAGAUCAAUUACUUCCUGCUGAUCCAAGGUCCGAAACUCCAUUGUCAACAGGUGUCCCUGUUGUGAAUAAGCUCCUUCACACUGAAAGCAACCCACUUGAUACGCCUCCAGGUUCUGCAGGUCAUCCAAUUAUUGAUCAGCGAUCACAAACAAAACCAGGCAAAUCCAAGCAAGGUUUGCCUUCUCUUGAUGCGCUGCAGUCGAAUACCAUUUCAUCCAUGUCAAUCAAAGCCGCUGAGCAACUAGAACAAUUUAAACUCCAGGCAAAGCUGAAGGAAGAGAAAAGGAAGCAGUUGCGUAUGGAUGAAGAACAACGUCGUCGUGAACGAGAGGGGCAGCGCGCGGUUGGUGGAACGAUUCCAGAGAAGAGCGCUGAUUUAACUCGUGGUGACCAUGGUCCCAGUCGCCCACCAUCUCACAGUGGUCCUCCUAAAGAGUUUGUCCGCGAUAAUCCAAACGAUGGAGUGCAGAGAGAUAGCUAUAAGGAUAUUCAAAAUGAAGCAAUUCGCGGCGUGAGCACUGGUGAACAGGAUAGCCAGCGAGGAAUUCAAGGACACCGUGAAGGAGCUCCUGGACAUGGGGAAUUCCGAGACGAACAUCAUGAACACUCUAAUGAAUCGGGGGAGUCACACCACCAAGAGUCAAAUGACAGUGGAACUUCGCCUCAUUCGCAUGUGCUUACACAGGAAGGAGCGAUGCUCCGUCGUAGAGAGCAGGAGAGACGUAUGCGUGAGCUAGCCAAGGAUGUGGAUCUGACUAGCCAGAUGGAACUGAUGGCUAACUUUGAAGCGAGCUUUUGA